AUGGUUGAGGGUUCACUUUCUGGUUCACUUUCUGGUUCACUUCCUGUAGGGAAGGACUCGAGGUCAGCGGACGUUGGGAUCUCGAAGGGCUCGUAUUCUCAUGCCUCUUACAUGAGUCUACGUGAUAUGAAUAACAAAAGUGGUAAUGUGCCAUCGCCACAGGUUUCGCGAGUGAAUCUAUCCCGUUUAAGGCUUGAUAGUUCAGCGAAGAUAAAGGCUUGGAAAGACCUGGAUGACUUUAACCUAGAGGAAUUGAGAGAUGGUUUUUUCGAUCCCGCAUUUACAAAGCCAGAGAAGCAUGUACAGCAUGAUGAUAAAGAAGUCGACAAUGGACUGUUCUGUCUACAUACCAUACCGGCGGAAGCAAAACAGUUUAUAAGAUACAAGGAACUAUUGAACAAUUUUUGGGCACAAAAGCUCUCCAUCUUCAAAUAUAGCGUGGCAUUCUUUAUCAGUCUGGUUAUUUGUGUGAUUCACCCAUCUGGGAAAUGGAUAGGUGAUGAAUAUAGAUAUUUUCUACCCAUAGCUACAUUGAUUCAUCAUCCAGUCAGAAAUAUUGGCGUACAAGCUGAGAUGACAAUAGCAUCUGUUAUAGGUGCUAGUUUUGGGUUGGGUUGGUCUGCCUUGGCAUGGUACAUUUCCGUGGCUACAAGACCAACUGCCAUACAUCAGGGUGGUGUGCUUUUUGCCAGUUUGACUUUGGCUUUAUUAUGGUCUACAUGGCUGCGGGAGCUCUACCAGAGGCUGCAAUAUAUCACGCUUUCAUUUAGUAUUGCGAUCAUUUUUCUCCACAACGUCAGUCUGGUUUCUUCCAAGCAGGAUUUACAUUGGAAAGUGUUCUGGGAUUUUGGGAUCUCAUACCUCUUUGGUAUACUUCUAUCGUUGGUAGUCUGUGUCUUUGUAGAUCCACACAGCGGUAAUGCCGAACUGAUGGAACAUUUUGGGGACUCUAUCACCAACAUUAGGCAAUUUCUCUUAGCAUUGAUCGAUAAGGGAGACGGUUUGGAUGAACGAAAGCUGAAAGAAUUGCAACAGAACAUGGUGAACUCCAUUACCGUCGACUUGUCCGAAGGUUACAGAGAAUUUGCUAAUCAAUGGACGGUCUCCAAGUUCAACGCUCAUUAUUUGAAGGAACUAAGAAACUCUUUGACGAGUUUCAUGUCUCCCCUAAGGGCUUUACCGGUCGGUCAUAAACUAUUAGACAAUGCAGAACUGGAGAAACUGUACAAUAAAUUAAUGAAUCGUCAAUCGCGUACCGAUGAUACUGAAGCAGGAACUGAUUGCACUACCGAGCAUGCCUCUCCAAUGGACUAUUCAAAUCCUGUAACACCCUUACCGACCGGAUUUGGCAGUUUACCUAAGGGUGUAGCACUAAACAGUGAGUUGUAUUUGAGUGUUUUGAGAUCAACUUUCUCGAAAGAUAUUUUUGCUUUGAUAGUGGAAAUGAUAAUUGUACUCGAGAAUAUGGCAAAGGUCUUGAAAUGUUUUGAGAAGUCGAAAUCUAAAAAGGACGAAAUUGAGGAAUUAAACAAAUUAUUCAACCACUCAUCUCAAAAGCUGAAGCGUAAGAUCUAUAAUUUGGACGUUUGUUACAAAGAGUUCACUAAAUCAAACUUUUUCUGUAAAGAGCUUUUGACCGAUGCUGAUAGUGUUGAUAUAUUCCUAUUUCUGAGAUACCUCCGUAAUGCGGCUAAACAUUUGAUUCUUGCCAACGAGAAUUGUCAACGCUUAGGUAGCGAUAUCAAAUGGAGGAUAGUCCCGAUGCAUUAUCCACUUCAAAGAGCUUUGUUGAGACUACCCAAACAAUGUUCUCUUGAUGAGGGAGCAGCAAAUAUCUUGCAUUAUUUCGAGACUAAGAAGGACGUCGAUGACAUUUUUGAGAGACUCUACAAUGCCUAUACAUCUAGGCACCAAUAUAAAAGACAUGGUGAGAAGAAUACAAUGGUCUCGGUCAGAGCAAUCGAUCACAACGAUUUCAAUUUCCAUACUACAAACAAUCGUUGGCGGUUCAGAUUAUGGAAAGUUAGCUCUUUGCUUGUGGGGGCUGAGAUGAAAUGGACAAUCAAGGUUUUGUUUGUCAUGAUAUUUUAUUGCCUUCCUGGCUGGAUACCUGAAUCGCAUGGAUGGUAUGAUUACUAUCAAUGCUGGUGGGCUCCUCUGACCUUCUUCCUACUGGCUCACAGAAAAUUAUCUGGGACAUGGGACACCAUGUUGAGAAGACUUGGUUGUGCCCUGGUUGGAAUUUUUUGGGGAUGGGCAGCUAAUCAAUCUCGGCAUUUUGGUAGCCCAUAUGUCAUUUGUACAUUUGGGGGACUAAUUGUCAUAGUUUUUGCCACAAACGUUCUGGUUUACAAGAACACCAAAUCUAGUUUCACUGCUCUUAUGUGCUUUUCGGUAAUAGCACUGAAGCCCUACUCCGAGGGAUCGUCGUCAUUAAAUACUGCUGCCAUUUGGAAGAAUACAUGGGUAACGGGUUUGGCCUUCAUUAUCGCUGUCUUGACAUCAGUUCCUGUCAAUUGGAUUGCUUGGUCUUUCAAAGCUCGCUCAGAGUUGCGACUUUCAGUGUCAUCAUUAUUGGCACAUCUCAGUCAAUCCUAUCAAUCGGUCACCGAUCGAUAUUUGUAUCGUGAUAUGAAUGACGCACCAACUGAACUCACCCUUGCUCUUUCUCAUAUUCGUGAGGUCAGACUUACUCAAAGUGCAGUAGCGGUACGAGACCUGAUUACCAAAUCUGCCAACGAGCUAUCCUUGAUAUCGGAUUUUUCACCAGCGAAAUACUAUCGCCUACUAGAUGCCUGUGAUUUCCUUUUGGAGAAGAUAGUCGAAGCCAGAAUAUCCGGCUCAUUUUUUGAGAUUUGGAACGGAGAUCCUGACAACGAGAGUACGAGGGCCUUACUAUCUCUUCGUAGAGACAGUGUCUCAUCCGUGAUUUUUGUCUUUUACAUUUUAUCAAACUGCUACCGUACAAAGAACAAGAUACCAAUGUAUCUACCAAACCCCAUGGUAUCCAGGAAGAAACUUUAUGAUUUCCUUGCGGAGUUAGAAAUGCAAAACAGUAAGAACCCGCCUUGUUUGACUUCGAGGGCCUCUACUGCCUGCCAUAACAUUUCUUUGGAAAAGAAGAUGUUCAAAGAACAUGCUCCAAGCUAUGAUACGGAGGACUAUGAAAAAUCCCGCUGGACCGAAAUUCAUGGCAUGGCAUUUGCAAGAGCUUUUACAGAUAUUACAGAAGCGAUGCAAGUCGUUGUCGCUUGUUCAAAGGAUAUUCUUGGAGAAGAGGUUGUAUGA